UGCUUUGCAGUAGCCUUUGAAACGGAAAUUCACAAGUAAAAGUAAUUCCAGGAAGGUCCAACAGAUGGCACAAAACUGUUUCUAUGGUAUUGCUUUACCUAAGCUCAGGACUUGCAUUUUGUCAAGCGCUUAUUUUUCUUCAUUUAGAAGUUAUUUUCUCUUCUUCUGAGGAAGAAAUCUUGCUCUUGUCUUGAAUUCCAGCCUCCAUUCUCCUUUACAUGGAGUCACAAAAUGAAUGAAGUCCUGUGCUUUCUCUGAGUAUAUGGACCAAGGAAAGCUGAGGUGGAGAUACACCACAUUUCCCAGGAUAAGUUCCAGUCAAUACCCUAUUACAUUAAUCAGUGGAACCAGCAGAUGAGAAGGAAAACAAAUUGUUGGGUGAUGAAAUGCUCUAAUUUGAUUGUGGUGAUGGCUGCGCAAUGUAAUUUCAGUGGGAUUCAGUAGAUGGCAUAAAAGAGCUUCCCCCGCCCAUACACACCCCAGCAUUCAAUGUGGUUACCAAUGAAAUAAAUAUUUGAGGAAGUAUUUGAGUUUCCUACAGACCGCCAACGGGACAGAAAGGCAAGUUGUUUUGAGUCUUCAUGAGUGAUGAUUGAGGGAGUACCAGGCCUUCUCCUAUGUCAGAGGAAAUCAGGAUAACAAGGGAUCAUUGGGCACCUCUACAAAAGGGAUCUGUAUCUGUAUCAAGAUGCUCUGAAGAAUAGCAACUACCCUUAGGAAUGUUCGUGUUACAAAAUGACUAAAACUAAUUCUACCACCUUCCAUUUUGCCAUCAUCUUCAUGUUACUACUUGAGAUCAAAAUCCAGUUUUCUGAUGCAAGCGACUUUUUUGUUGACAGGUCAAAAACAGGUCUGCUCCAUGUUCCCAAAGACCUAUCCUUGAAAACAACAAUCUUAAAUAUAUCACAAAACUAUAUAUCUGAGCUUUCAGCUUCUGACAUUCUAUCAUUAUCAAAGCUGAGGAUUUUGAUAAUUUCUCAUAAUAGAAUCCAGUAUCUUGAUAUCAGUGUUUUCAAAUUUAACCAGGAAUUGGAAUACUUGGAUUUGUCCCACAAUAUGUUGGAGAAGAUUUCUUGCCACCAAACUGUGAACCUCAAGCACUUAGACCUCUCAUUUAAUGCAUUUGAUUUCCUGCCCAUAUGCAAAGAGUUUGGCAACAUGUCUCAACUACAAUUUCUGGGUUUGAGUGCCACACAGCUACAGAAAUCUAGUGUGCUGCCUAUCACUCAUUUGCAUAUCAAUAAGGUUUUACUGGUCUUAGGAGACUCUUAUGGGGAAAAAGAAGAUGCUGAGAGUCUUCAAGACCUGAACACAGAGAGUCUACACAUUGUUUUCCCCACGAGAAAAGAAUUCCACUUUAUUUUGGAUGUGUCAAUCAGCACUGCUGUAAGUCUGGAACUAUCGAAUAUCAAAUGUGUGCUACAUAAUAAUGGAUGUUCUUAUUUCCUAAAUGUGCUGUCAAAACUUCAAAAGAAUUCAAGGUUAUCAAAUCUUACUUUAAAUAACAUCGAAACAACUUGGUAUUCUUUCAUUACAAUCCUCCAGUUGGUUUGGCAUACAAGCAUAGAGUAUUUCUCAAUUGCAAAUGUGAAAUUACAAGGUCACCUUGACUUGAGAGAUUUUGAUUAUUCUAACACCUCAAUGAAGACUUUGUCUAUACAUCAAGUUGUUAGUGAUACAUUGCAUCUUCCGCAAAGUUAUAUCUAUAAAAUCUUUUCAAAUAUGAACAUCCAGAAUUUCACAGUGACUGGUACACCCAUGGUGCACAUGGUUUGCCCAUCCCAAAUGAGCCCAUUUCUGCAUUUGGAUUUUUCCAAUAAUCUCUUAACAGACAUGGUUUUUAGCAAUUGUGGAAACUUGGCUAGAUUGGAGACACUUAGUUUACAAAUGAAUCGAUUAAAAAAACUUGCAAAUAUAGUUCAUAUGACCAAGGAGAUGAAGUCUCUACAACAACUGGAUAUUAGCCAGAAUUCUCUAAGUUAUGAUGAAAAUGAAGGAUAUUGCUUUUGGACUAUAAGUUUAUUAAGCUUAAAUAUGUCUUCAAAUAUACUUACAGACUCUGUUUUCAGAUGCUUACCCCCCAGGAUCAAGGUGCUUGAUCUUCACAAUAACAGGAUAAGGAGCAUCCCUACAGAUGUCACUAGUCUGGAUACUUUGCAAGAACUCAAUGUUGCUUCCAAUUCUUUAGCCCACCUUCCCGGAUGUGGGAGCUUUAGCAGCCUUUCUGUACUGACCAUUGACUAUAAUGCAAUUUCCAACCCAUCAGCUCAUUUCUUCCAGAGCUGCCAGAAGAUUAGGUCCAUAAGAGCAGGGAACAAUCCGUUCCGGUGUACAUGUGAGCUGAGAGAAUUUACCCAAAGUAUAGGCCAAGUAGCAAGUGAGGUGGUAGAGGGUUGGCCUGACUCUUACAAGUGUGACUAUCCAGAAAGCUACAGGGGAACCCUACUAAAGGACUUUCACGUGUCUCCAUUAUCCUGCAACACAGCCCUGCUGAUUGUCACCAUUGGGGUCACUGGGCUGGUGUUCGCUGUCAUUGUGACCAUCCUCUGUAUCUACUUUGAUCUUCCCUGGUAUCUCAGGAUGGUGUGUCAGUGGACCCAAACCCGGCACAGGGCUAGGAACAUAAAUUUAGAUAAACUCCAAAGAACUCUCCAGUUCCAUGUCUUUAUUUCAUAUAGUGGACAUGAUUCUGCCUGGGUGAAAAAUGAAUUGGUACCAAACCUAGAAAAAGAAAAUAUACGGAUUUGUCUCCAUGAGAGAAACUUUGUUCCUGGCAAGAGCAUCGUGGAAAAUAUCAUCAACUGCAUUGAGAAAAGUUAUAAGUCCAUCUUUGUUUUGUCUCCCAACUUCGUUCAGAGUGAGUGGUGCCAUUAUGAACUCUACUUUGCCCACCACCAUCUCUUUCAUGAAGGAUCUAAUAACUUAAUCCUGAUCUUGCUGGAACCCAUUCCAAACUACUCCAUUCCUAGCAGCUAUCACAAGCUCAAAAGUCUCAUGGCACAGAGAACUUAUUUGGAAUGGCCCAAAGAGAAGAGCAAACAUGGCCUUUUUUGGGCUAAUUUAAGAGCAUGCAUUCAUAUUAAGUUGAUGAAGCAAGCCAAAGAAAUAGCUCACACAUACAUCUAACAAUAUUCCUCUUUUCACUGUUGUUUUUGGAAGUUCCAACAAUGACUUUAUUUUGCAUCAACAUGAAUCUAAACAUGACUUUGAAUUUAUGAAAUAGAUAAAUAUGUGUACUCUCAGGCCCCAGUUCAUCAUUUAUACAUGGUAAUAAAAAUUAAUGAAAUAAUAUAAUUUUAAAUUAAACAGUUAAUUUCUAACACAUGUGGGAUUCACCUGUUUCUUUGCUAGGAAUGAGUUGAUUGACUUUAUCAUGUAAUUAAAAGAAGCACCUGUUCAAACAAUUUCAGUGAUCUAUAUCAGUGAUAUAAUGUUUGAAAACUCCAUGUCUUUAUACCUGUAGCUGGGUUUGUAUAGCAGAUUUCUAUAGCUGUUGGUGAAUUCCUUCUGUACUCAGCAUUUAUCUCUAUGUGUUGAAGGUUGCUUAUUGCUAAGGUUGGAGACUCUUUGCCCGAAGGGUUUCUUCCUGACAAUGAGAACCCACUUGGCCAUUCAAAAGUGCUGCAGCUUGUCUUUGGAAGCAACCCUCAAGCAAUACCAGAAAGAGAAUUGGUGGAUAAAUAGCCCAACUUUCUUGCCUGUUUGGGGGGAUAAAUCUGGGGGUGUACUUUACAUUCUUCCUGAGUUCCCCAGUACGAUAGAAUUCUGAUUCUCCACAGUAGAAACAACUUGAUAAUGCAUUUACUAUGGGCCUCUUUUCUAUUAUUGUCUCAUAUCCUCAUUCCUCCAAGGGUGUGUCCAGAGAUCACAUCUGAAAUAAAUGAUUUGUAGUUGAA